AUGGCGUUAAAAUAUGUAGUUAUAGGUGGUGGUACAGGCUUUAUCGGAACGCAAAUAAUAAAUUCGUUAUCUCGAAAAGGUGCUACCUGUAAAUGUAUCUCUCGCAUGCCUGGACCAAAUCGAAUGUCAUGGCACGAUUUGGAAUGUUAUGGAUUACCUGAAAAUACAACUGCCGUAAUUAAUGUUGCUGGUCAAAAUAUACUUGAUCCUACAUGUCGAUGGACUGAUGGUUUUAAACAGAAUGUCGUAAAUAGCCGAGUAGAAACGACAAAAUCGUUAGCUAAAGCUAUAUCACACACUAAAGCAGAUGCUUUUGUAACAAUUUCCGGAGUAUCUUACUAUAAACCAAAUGAUAUGGAAUAUACAGAAGAAAGUAAAUGUACACAAUAUGAUUUUCUAUCGGAACUUUGUCACAAAUGGGAAGCAGCUGCGGAACUUCCAAAAGACAGCUCUAUCAGACAAGUAACAAUUAGAUCAGGAGUUGUGCUAGGAAAAGAUGGUGGUAUGAUUAAACAAAUGUAUCUACCAUUUUUCUUUGGAUUGGGUGGUCCUAUUGAUAAUGGAAGUCAAUACAUGCCAUGGAUUCAUGUAACAGAUUUGGUUAAUAUGUUUCUGUUCUCCAUUGAAAACAGGAAUGUGCAAGGUAUACUGAAUGGUGUUGCACCUCAGAUUGUGACGAAUAAAGAAUUUACUGAGGCCUUUGCUUCUGCAAUGAGACGACCUGCAUUUUUACCUGUACCACGCAUUGUUUUAAAACUCCUUUUUAAUGAAGAACGAGCAAAAAUUAUGUUAGAGGGGCAAAAAGUUGUACCUAAACGUGUCAGAGAAUUAGGAUUUCAAUACCAGUAUCCUGAUAUUAAUUCUGCUUGUUUUGAAGUACUUGGUAAAAAGAUUGUAAAAUGA